AAAGUUAAACAAAAGAUGGCAGCAGAGUGGCGACGGCAGCGCCGCGCGCGGCGAGACGAUGCAGACGCCAGUCAACAUGGCGGCCGCCUGAGCCAGCGCGGCCGGAGCGCGCCUCGAGCAGAGAUGUCCGCGUCCGCGCCCCACGCCCACGGGCGCACCCCCGUGCGGCGCAGGGGGCACCAACACCACCCGCGGCUCCGGGGCGAUCGCGCGCCCGCCCCCACAAACGCGAACACUGAUCCGUCCAAACAAGUGACCUUACACAGUCAAACAGACGAUGUUGUGCCUUGUGUCAAUAGUGUUAGUGAAUCUCAACAAGUGACAAGGACGAACGGUGACGAUACACUUUCGAAUCGAAACGUAGUAGAGGAAUUUUCGAAUAUUGACGAUGAGGAUGAAUUUGAUAAAAUAAUAGCGAGCGUAGAAUUGCGCGAUAGUUCGGACGAUGAUUUUUCUAAUAAAGAAGAGAGGUCGGCGGGAGACGGUGCAGAGGUCCCCGCGCUCACGGAUGCGUCAGACGAUGAUCCGGAGACGGCGGAGCUGGCCCGGCUGCGGUGCACCAGCGUGUGCACGGAGGUGUUGGCGGAGCGAGAGAGCCGCAGGCGGCGGCGCUGCGCCGACUACCCGGGCCUGGCCUUCGGCAGUUCAAUAUUUUCAUCAGACACGAUGAUGAAAUUUUCGAUCAUCAAGAAUGAACUGCAGAAUAUCAAGAACACAGCUUUGAAAAGGGCUGAGUCCGAGGUUGCCGCCCUCAACCGACGCAUCCAACUGCUGGAGGAGGACCUCGAGAGGUCCGAGGAGCGUCUCGCCACCGCCACCGCCAAGCUCGCGGAGGCCAGCCAGGCCGCCGAUGAGUCCGAACGCGCCCGCAAGGUCCUCGAGAACAAGUCCCUGACUGAUGAGGAGCGUAUGGACGCCCUGGAGAACCAGCUGAAGGAAGCCAGGUUCCUCGCUGAGGAAGCCGACAAGAAAUACGAUGAGGUGGCCCGUAAGCUGGCCAUGGUAGAGGCUGACUUGGAGCGUGCAGAGGAGCGCGCCGAGGCCGGCGAAUCCAAAAUCGUCGAGCUUGAAGAGGAGCUCCGCGUCGUCGGUAACAACCUGAAGUCCCUGGAGGUCUCCGAGGAGAAGGCCAACCAACGCGAGGAGGAGUACAAAAAUCAGAUCAAAACCCUCACCACCCGCCUAAAGGAGGCUGAAGCCCGCGCUGAGUUCGCUGAGCGCUCUGUGCAGAAACUCCAAAAGGAGGUCGACAGGCUCGAAGACGAGGUGCUAGAAGAGCGCAGUAAGUACAAGGCGAUCGCCGAAGAGGUGGACCAGACCUUCGCCGACCUGUCCGGCUACUGAGCAACUAAACGCGCCGCCAUCUUGCGCGAUGUGGCGGGAAAAUGAUUAAAAACUAAACGCUCGUGCAGGGGGCUCUAUGGAUAUAGUCAAACCACUGAUUAAGGCUUCUACAGACGGCGCAACAAAUUGCAUUUGCCGAUUUUCGAUAAUUGCUGACUAUGUAAGCGUAGGAGCAAUGAAUUAUAAUAUUCGAUUGAUCAAAUGCAGCAAUACAGUGUAGCAAAUCGCAUGCGGUUAUCGGUGAGGUUUGGAGAGGACAUUACCAUUAGUCUGCCUAUUUAAUCAGUAGAAAAAAUUAGAUAAAUGUAGUCUAAAAGCUACGAUGUCAUGAAAAAACGGCUAGAUAUCACCAUAAAGGUAAAAUUUGUGAUUAAAUUGGAGAUUGACGCCAAUUUCAUUUCUGAUCAAAUCGGUCGGUUUAAUCAUCCUGUCUGGACUCCACUUAAAGAGGAUCAAUAAAUCCAUGGGCGCCUUCUGUACUGAGAAUUAGUAUUUUAAUCCUAAUAACAGCGCGCACUGCGGGCUCAAUUUGCUUUCUCUUUAUAUUUUGCUAUGUGCACAUGAAAAAAAGAAUAUUUAUUUGGUUUUGUAUGUGACUAAGUAGAGUGGCUUAUAAUGGUGAGCAAUUUUGAAAAUGCCUAAUACUUAUAUGGAUGUUAGCGUUCACCUUAAUAUUGAAAUAUUAUUGUUAUUCUCAAUUCUCAACCAGGCCAUUAAUUGAACAUGUUAAAUAAAAAAAAAUCAUCAAAUUUUAAAAUUGUAAUUUUUGAUACCUGUACAAAAUUGUUAUUUAGAAGAAAAAUUAAGAAAUGGAGACAAAUAAUACCGGAAAAUUCAAAUAAUUCCGUUUGGCCAAAGUGCGCUUUUUAGUAGAUCACUGCCGAUAUAAUUAAAAUUUUUAAUGUAAUUUAAAUAUUCGUAUGUUUAAAAGUAAUAAGAAACACUAAACAAUCUAAAUUGAGUUAGAAUAAGUUUCUAAUUGACUAUUUGAUGCUUUUUACUUUUAAACGUACGAACGAAUGUAGUUUUCGUAAGUUGCGAUUUUCAUAUUUUUUUAUCGAGUAAGUAAUUUUAUUGAAAUAUCUACAUUUACUUAUAAUUAAGUAAAGAUGAUCUUAUGAAGUGAAGUAACAUGAUUUUUUGCUAUAAGUCACAGUAUGUACAAGUAUGUUUUGGAUCAUAUUCGUGAAAAAAAUUAGCGAGUUUUUUAUACAGCUGUUAGACUGACUAGCGCACAUUGUUCCCAAACCUAGAAAGUGGGACGUCGCUUAUUUUCCUGUACAAAAUCGCAUCUCAUGGGAGUCAUGGGAAUAUUUGAUACAAAAUGAUUUUGCCGAUAAAAAAACAGCGAAAAUAGUAGCAAAUAUAACCAACAGGAAGCAUGAAGACUAGAUCGAGAGUAUAACUUUCUAAUUUUCAAAAACCAAUAUAAAAGUAGCUUUUUUCAUUGAUUACAAUUUAAAAUACCUAAUAUUAUGUUAUGUAGGUAGACCAAGGCAGGUUGAAAACUUGACACGAGGGAAGGUUGGCACAGAGAUUCUCUCAAUCUGACGUCGCGACGCACGUAGCAUAUUAUAUUAGAUAAUCUAGGUAGCUUGAUGGAAAUGGACAUAGUGAAUCUAUCUUCGAAGGUGGAAUGAAUCUAGCGUCUACAAAUGGAACUCUGUUUCAACCGACCUCGGUUUCCCCUUCUUACUUAUAAUUAUACUGUGUAUUUUUGGGUAUUUAAAUAAAAGUAAACAAAAACUACCCUCAAAUGGCUCGUUAAGCCAGUUGAGGGUAGAUGAAAAUAACACACGAUCAAAUAAUGUAGGUUGAAGUCAGGUCGUUCAGUGACUGAUCCAGGCGGUUUUGUAAUUGGUCGGUUAACCAAUAAAUUUUAUAACUACCCGAAAAUGUACAAAUUGUUUACUUUUAUUGAAAUACCUAAAGAUACAGACUUAUAGGAUUUGUACGCCCUCUGGCAAAGGUGUUGCAGCAUUAUUAAAUUCCUAAUUUAAAUGUGUGAAUGUUGUUAUUUACUAUAACCAGACCUUAACCCUUUGAAUGCCAUGCCAAUACACGAAGGUUGAAAUUGCGUUGUAGCCGCACGCGUCAAUCGCAGUCUGUGAUGGUCAAAGGGUUAAAAUGACUUGAAAUAGGUAGAUUUUCUAAUAUUUUUAAUGAUUAAGCUUAUGUUGGUUCCAUACUUACAACUCAAUGACUGCUUAGUUUGUAAUGUAGCUUCCCUUUUCAAGAAACUUACCUGCUGUAUCUUUCCAUUCCAAUAAAAUAUACUUUUUACAAUAA